AUGAUGAAAGCCACUGCAAACGAUGAGGAAUGGGAGGCAAAGCCACAGGUGAACAAAGGCAAGGCUGAGUCCAAGAUCUCUUCGAUUCCUUCGACAGACGAGAGACGAUCUGCUUCUCACCUUGGAGACGAUGAUAAAAGUUUAGUGCGAGAAUCCAAGCUCAAGCAGCCAGAAGUCAAGAUUUUAGAUCGACACCGCCCAGAAGAUUCGUCCUCUCGAGCUGAAAGCAAGAUGGAACAUCCAGGCGAUCCUGCUAUACAUGCAGCCCGUAGUGUGCAGUCUUUAGCCAACGACAUGAGGCGUAUCCGAUCCAUGCGCACAGACCCAGAUGAAGCAGCAGAGGAAGGUCGAAAACCCAAAGUCGCCGAGAAGAAGAAAAGCAGUGAAGCGCAUCUUGCAACCGGUGGACGUCGACGACCUUCCCAGAUCAAACUGGAAAUUUCAGAUCUACACGUAGAAGUCAACGCUCCAGCUCAAGGAGCACCUGGCCGUCAAGCAACAAACAUUCCGAAGCUUUCGGGUCCAACCGGAUUAGGCUUAAGACCAGGCACUUCAACGUCACCAACGUUCUCGUCCUCAGGCAAGAGAGGCAUCCAGCGCAACUUCGUGCAAGGUCUUGGCGUCGAUUUCCAACUAGACUUGCAUACUGCCAGCACGGAUCGAUUGGAGAAAUCGUACGACUUGUCCGCUUCAGGAACCUUUGACGCUGUGGGCUUCCAGAUCAAGCAGACUGGACUCACUCGCUCUCCGGAUCGAGAUUCGGAUGGCGUUCCGAGUACUCAAUCUGACAGACGACAGCAGCAUACUAAGAAGCACUUGGUAAAGCUUGGCGUGCUUGGUCGUGGAGCUAGCGGCGUGGUGCAUAAAGCUCUUCAUGUUCCGUCUUUGAUGCUCGUGGCAGUGAAAGUCAUUCCUGUCUUCGAGCACGAAAAGCGACAUCAGCUCAUCGCGGAACUCAAAGCUCUGUACAACAAUCUGUCCACUUUACCGGAUGCAGAAGCUGCAGAGUCGCCGCGGCAGAGUGUAGCGUGUCCGGAGCUCGUGUGUCUGUACGACGCCUUCAUGAACCCGAACGAAGGCAACGUGUCGAUUGUGGUCGAGUACAUGGAUGGUGGAUCUCUCCAGGACAUCGUAGAUACCGGAGGAUGUACCAGUGAGGUGGUGCUAGCCAACAUCUCAUUCCGCGUGCUCAAAGGACUCGCGUUUCUCCACAGCACACACCAACUCCAUCGUGAUAUCAAGCCCAGCAAUCUUCUUAUCAAUCACUUCGGAGACGUCAAAGUCUCAGACUUUGGGAUCGUUCGGGAAAUGGAGAACUCCAUGGCUAAAGCUACGACGUUCGUGGGAACGCUCACAUAUAUGUCUCCAGAGCGAAUCGCCAGUGAGGAAUACUCAUACAAAUCGGACGUCUGGUCUUUCGGUCUCUCCAUCAUGACUUGUGCGCUUGGGAAGUUCCCGUACUCCUCGCGAGGAGGGUACUGGGAACUACUGCACAUGAUCCGGAACGAGCCGCCACCUCGACUACCUGAAGGCGAGUUUUCGGAUCUCUUCUGUGACUUCUUGGACAAGUGUUUAAAGAAAGACCAGACCGAGCGAUGGAGUGUGAAGCAGCUACUUAAGCACGAGUUCAUCCAGCGAUACUGUGGGGACCAGGCAGCUUCACAAACUCGAAGAAGUGCAGACGAAGAUGACGCGAAAAGCGUCGAGGAUGACAGCAAAGAGCAAGCGGAAGUGGACGAGAUCGUGCAGAAAGUGGCUCUUCACUACUUGAAAGACGCCAAGGAGCUCAUCAAGGAGCACGAAUACACACUAGACGACAUCGUGGCGUGGAUCCAGCUCUUACCUGCCAUGCAGAAAGCAAAAUUAUCGCGAUUCGCUGAGCAGAUCGGUGCCAACCGCUCACUGGUAUGCGCCAAGUUCCAAGAAGCGAUGAACGACCUGCUCAAUGACAUCGAGGAGACCUACUUCACCGACACCAAGCAAUCCAAAUAACCACGUACCAACUCGAAAACUUCCAGCCAACUCACCAUCCGAUACCAAGCAAGGCUAUCAAUUAUAAGUUACAUUUCUACGGCGCAAUGAAGGCCGAGGACAAGCUCACACGCACUCUAUCGAUCCUCAUCGCCUUCACUGCUUCGUUGUCACUUUUAUAAAAAGCAAAUAUACCCCCUGAAGCCCA